AUGUCUCUGCCAUCAACCAUGAAGGCCGUGGUUUUCGAUGGUCUGUAUAAAAUAUCAGUGCAAGACAGGCCAGUGCCUCAGAUUCGAGAUGAGAGGGAUAUCAUUAUCAAAGUUCAUGCCGCUGGCCUGUGUGGAUCGGAACUUCACAUCUACCGUGGUCAUCAACCUUCAGAUACUGGCUUCAUCAUGGGCCACGAGUUCACCGGAACAGUCGUCCAGAUUGGAUCAGCUGUAAAGACAAUCAACAUCGGUGACAAGGUGGUUGCUCCCUUUACAGCUUCCUGCGGCAACUGUUUCUUCUGCAACAAUGGUUGCUCAGCCCGUUGCGUUGAGAGCCAAUUGUUCGGCUGUGAAACUCUUGACGGAGGACAAGCCGAGUACGUUCGGAUUCCCAUGGCCGAUGGAACUGCCGUCAAAGCCCCCGGGACUAUCUCAGACCAAGCUCUCCUUCUCAUGGCAGACAUCUUUCCCACCGGAUUCUAUGGUGUAAAGAGCGCCGCAGAAUUGAUCCCUUCCCAGAAAAUUCAAGAUGCCACACUAGUCGUCAUAGGUUGUGGCCCGGUUGGGCUUUGUGCUAUCCUAGCAGCCACCCAUUUCAAGCCUCGCCACCUCUUUGCCAUCGAUAGUGUCGACAGUCGCCUGGAGCAAGCUCGAAAACUGGGCGCAGAGCCCCUAAACUUUGAGACAGAUCAAGCAGGGCUGGAAGCUAGAAUAAAGGAGGUGACAGAAGGACGAGGCGCAGAUAUGGUUGUUGAAGUUGUUGGCCAGUCCCCAGCUUUGAGGACUGCAUUUGAUAUCGUGCGACCUUUUGGUGCUAUUAGUAGCAUUGGUGUCCACAACAAGGAGAUUCCGUGGACGGGCGACGAUGCGUAUACAAAGAACAUUCGAGUGCAGAUGGGUCGUUGCCCAGUCCGCAGCGUCUUUGACGAAGCCCUCAAGUUACUGGAGCGGAAGCAAGACCAGAUUGGCUUCCUGUUCGACCACAUCAUGCCGCUUGCACAGGCUCCUGAAGGAUACGCUCUUUUCGAGCAGCGUAAGACGCAGAAAGUAGUAUUCACGUUGUAA